AGACCGCUUUGAAAGGAAUCCCCCCUCACCCCACUCUUUCCAUCAUGGAAAGAUCGAGCCAAUUACAACCGAUUAUUUGGAUAACUUGUACGUCGUAUAGCCAAUGAAAUUCUGAAAACCGCUUUAGACGGAAGUUUCAAAGCUGCAUAUAAAGAAGACCAUUCGUAUUUACCCCAUGAUUUGUGCGUCGGUGCGUGUAAGGUAAAUAAGUGUCGUUUUGGUCGCUGUUGAGACUUUUGGAACUCGAAUUAUGGCAAAGUGGACUAGCAAAGUGGAAAGCGACCAGUCUGAGGAUGAUGUAUCCGAAAUAAAUACUGAUGGAUCAGAUCCAGACUACGAGGCAGAGGAAAUGUCCAGAAACAUUGCUCUCGACAAGCUUGUUGAGGAAUCGGAAAUCGAUUGGGAGCAGGAUUGUUGUGCACCACUCUGCAAGAAUUCAGAUGAAGAGGAGCAGCAGGAGCAAGGCAGCACCUCCUCAAGAGGACGGGGGAGGGGCAGCAGUAAACCUGGAGUGUUUACAAGCACACCUGACGAGAGAUGGAAUGAUGUUGACGUUCCAGACAUAACACCACCACAGCCUACCUUCGCACCUACCAACCCACCUGGACCCCAGCUCGACCAAACGGCUACCUACACAGUCCUGGAGCUUUUCCAACUUUUUUUUACGAACUCUGUUUUACAAACAAUCAUUCAAAACACCAAUGACUUUGGCUCGACUCACCACUCGACACCAAGUAAACCAUGGAUUGAUCUGACAUUGCAGGACAUGUUUUCAUACCUGUCCGUGAUUAUCUACAUGGGACUAGUAAAAUGCUCUGCAUUGACUGAUUAUUGGCGAGGGGGCAAACUGUACAGCUUCCCGUUCACAAAACGGUUUAUGACCGGUAAGAAGUUCUUUUCAAUCUCCCGUGCCCUUCGCCUCAGUAGCAUGGCGGACGAUGAGGCUAACAAGCAAAGGAUUGGCACAGAAGCCUUCGAUUGUCUUAGCAAAAUCAAGCCACUUUACCACGAGAUUAGAGAGGCCUGCAAGAGGAACUACCACCCUGACCAGGAGAUUGCCAUCGAUGCUCGAACGGUCCACAUUGGGGGCAAACAAUAUCUGAAAAAUGAGCCUGUUCGCGGGGGAUAUAAAGUCUUCGUCCUGGUGGACUCCAAGAGCGGUUACAUGUGGGACUUUUUUGUGUAUGAGGGAAAGCUCCAGGGAAGCAGUGGCUUGGGGCUCGGUUAUGAGUCAGUCAUGAAGCUAGUUGACACACCGUUGCUGGGCACCGGAUACAAGCUCUUUGUUGACCAUCUUUACUCGAGUCCCGCCCUUUUCCUCGUCCUCCUUCAUAAGAAGAUCUGGGCAUGCGGACCCAUCCUUACCAAGAGAAGUGGAUGCCCGAAAAAGAAAGUAAACAGUCUGGACUCUGAAUGUGCUAGCGGCAGCAUACGCUGGAUCCGGAACGACUCCCUCCUCUUUGUCCUGUGGCGAGACGCAAGGGACGUCUACCUGUGUUCAACGUUCCACACGGCACAUGCACAGGACACGGUGCAGAGGAGGGUCAAAGGAGCAGAUCAGCGCUGGGUACUGAAAGACAUCCCAGUUCCUCCAGCGGUAAAGAACUACAACCAGUGCAUGGGUGGAGUAGCCCUUUCUGACACCCUGAUGGGGAACUAUAAUCUAAAUCGCAAGACCCAGAGCUGGUACAAGGCCUUCUUCCAUUAUUUCCUGGACAUCGCGAUGGUGAACGCCUUCCUCCUCCACACAGACAUUGCAACAGGUGAAGGACAGGUACCUCUGACCCAGAAGGCCUUCAGAGAGACUCUUGCUGAGGAGCUGGCGGAGGUGGGGUGUCACACAGGGCGUGCAAAGGUGCCUUCUGCUCCACCAACAGCACAUCACAGGCUAGUGCAUAUCAGUGGAGACAGCACCGCUGGUCGGCUGAAGUGCAGGAACUGUGGUGCAAAGACACCAGUGAAGUGCUCCACCUGUGAUAUGGCCUUGUGCUUUGUCCCCAAACGUGACUGUUACAAUGACUGGCAUGCUGCCAGGAACAUCAAAUAGUUUGCAAAUAUUUUGUGAAAAAAUUAUGUAAAUAGUAGGUGAGUAUAAUGGUGUUUGGCUGAAUUUGGGAUGUACCUAAUUAAUGGCCCAUAGUGGAUAUCCAGACUUUGCAUUUUCAUCCACAUGCUAACAGACUAUCACAUUGGAGUACAUCUCAUUAGAGGGGAUUACAUCAGUUGGAGAGGAAAAGGAAUUGAUGAAGACUCUGAAAUGAUCAUUAAAAGCUGUUUUCUGUAAAUAGUGUUUUGAACAGCUAUUAAGGUCAUGUUUGAUAUGUUUUUUUCUUUUUAUGCAUCAAAUUUUUUGUAUGUACAAAGCGUAUUUAAUUGUUUUACAGAGUUUGUGCAUGCAGAAGUCCCAAAUGUGUGUGCAUAUUUCCGUGUCUUCCAAAGGCAUCACAUUUGGUCUGCUAUGGCCACCGAGUAAGCCGGUGAUGGUCCAAUUAGAAUUGAUGCUUUCAGGCUUCCCCUCUGUUGAAGCCAAUCUGGUUAGACCUGUGGGUUCUGUGGGUUCUGUAUUUUAGACAAUCAUCUUUAACUUAUUUGAGGCUUUUCUCCCGUGCACUAGGAAUGUAGAUUUUGUUUACGAUACUAGCUCCGGUCAGUUAGGCUCCCAGUUUUAUUUACUGUAGCUGCCUUUGCUAAUGAAUACUCUGAAGGUAUGUUUCUGGUAUGUUUCAUGAUUAGUGUUUAGUGAUUAUCUUACUAUUUAGAUAAUAAACUCUAAUUUUGCAUACAAAGCUUCUGGUUCUCCUUGUAUGUAUCUCUCACACUAA